AUGAAGUUCGCCAAGGAGCUCGAGAGAGAUGCCGUCCCAGAAUGGCGCAUCAAGUACCUCAACUAUAAGGCCGGCAAGAAGUACGUUAAAGCCGUCUCACGAGCAAUUAAUAGAACACCGAAGACAUCUGCGAACCGUACUCAGUCCUUGUUUCGGUCGAGCAACCAUGGCCGAACAGCAAUCCUGCCCACCUCUUCGUCUGGCCCACCUCCACGGGCUCCAAAUCGAAGCAAUGGAUCUGCCACUCCUGGAUCAAAUCCCAUCUCCAUUGCUGCCCACGCGGACGAAGACGAGGCAUUAAGAGGCGACGGCAACGACCUGCACUAUGGGAGCUUUGUGCCGACGCCGCCGAAGCAUAGCCCAUUGAGGCAAAGCGAGGACAAGGCCAGUCGUGACUUUGCAUUGCCGGCACCCGCCAUCAGUGCCUCCGACUCCUUGGGACUCUUGAAACCGACCGCGGCGAUAAAGGGUCGCAACACAGUUCCCACACAACGACGGGCUUCAACAGCCGAACCCGUGACUGCUACUAGGAACGACAUAGUCGAACAGUCUUCCGCGGCACGGCGACAGUCAAUAACUGGAGGUGCCCUGGCAGAGUCGCCAUCACAAUUACGGCGAAUUCUUUCAAAUGCAUAUGGCCCAAUGAAACGGGAUAUGCCGUGGAUGGAUGGUGGGAUCAACGAAUUUGACCUGGUGCGAGAGAGGGAAAGAGAGUUCUAUGCAUUUUUAGACUCGGAACUGGAAAAGGUCGAGUCCUUUUACAAGCUCAAGGAGGACCAAGCUGGACAACGACUCGCUCUGUUACGAGAACAGCUUCAUGAAAUGCGCAACCGACGCAUUCACGAAAUAGCCUCGAAUCGUGACAAUGAUCCUGACAAUGGCCAAUACACCGACGCCGAGAAUUCCAAGGACAACCCCAAUGGAUGGGUUCAACCGCUGAAGGCUAAAAUCUUCCCGCUGGGACCUAAUUCCAAGGCGCUUCGGAAUAUGCCAAACACACCAUACCUUCCAGCAAGCGCUUCAGCUGGUGAUGCAACGAGAGACUACAGUAGGCGGCGGCAAAAGGAGGACGUGUCGUAUAGAACGGCCAAGCGCAAGUUAAAAUUGGCUUUGCAAGAAUUCUACCGUGGGCUGGAACUCCUCAAGUCGUAUGCACUUCUCAAUCGGACUGCGUUUCGCAAGCUCAACAAGAAGUUUGACAAGGCUGUUAAUGCCCGGCCGACGUUGCGCUACAUGAAUGAAAAGGUCAACACGGCCGGGUUUGUGAAUAGUGACACCCUUGAUGGGCACAUCAAGGCAGUGGAAGACUUGUACGCCCGAUACUUUGAACGCGGCAACCACAAACUUGCAGCCGGCAAGCUCAGAAGUCUUUCGAAGCGCUCAAGAAGUGAAUCCGGAAGUUCAUUUAUCAACGGAUUUCUCAUUGGCACUGGCCUUAUUUUCACCGUCGAGGGCUUGGUAUCCGGCUCACAGCUGCUUUUCGACAGCGAUGCCGACCUUCGAAUCCAAACCAGCUACCUCUUGCAGCUAUAUGCGGGAUACUUCCUCAUGCUCUUCAUGUUCUCCUUCUUUUGCAUCAAUUGUUUUAUAUGGACCAAAAACAAGAUCAAUUACCGGUUUAUUUUCGAGUUUGACCAGCGAAGCGUGCUUGAUUGGCGGCGACUUGCAGAGUUCCCGAGCUUCUUUUUACUACUAUUGGGUAUUUUUAUGUGGAUGAACUUUAGCCGAUACGGUCCUGAUUGGCUCUAUAUUUACUAUCCUGUGAUUUUGAUUUCCAUCACUGCCGCCAUUAUAUUCUUCCCUGGACCGACGCUGUCUCACAAGAGCCGCUCAUGGUUUGUCUAUGCUCAUUGGCGGCUUUUGCUAGCUGGUUUUUACCCCGUUGAAUUCCGGGACUUCUUUCUCGGAGACAUGUAUUGUUCACUGACAUACUCUAUGGCCAAUAUCGAACUAUUCUUCUGUCUAUACGCCAACAAAUGGGACAAUCCCUCGCAAUGUAACUCGAAUCAUUCUCGGCUCUUAGGCUUCUUCAUGGCACUGCCGCCCCUCUGGCGCUUGUUCCAAUGCGUCCGCAGAUACAAGGACACUUGCAAUGUGUUUCCCCAUCUUGUCAACGGCGGCAAGUACAUAAUGACCAUUCUAUCUACCGUGAUGCUCUCCCUGUACCGUAUCAACGGCACCCGCUCCAACCUAGCCCUCUACAUAGCAUUUUCCACCAUUAAUGGUAUAUACGUCUCUAUAUGGGAUCUCUUCAUGGACUUUUCCCUCCUGCAAACUGACGCACGGCACUUUGCGCUGCGCGACAUCCUGGCCUUCAAACGCCGCUGGCCGUACUACUUCAUCAUGGUUGCCGACCCCGUGCUCCGUUUCGCGUGGAUCUUCUACGCCAUCUUCACCCACGACCUCCAGCACUCAACCCUGGUUGCCUUCGCCGUGUCCUUUGUCGAGAUCGUCCGCCGCGGAAUGUGGGCUCUUUUCCGCGUCGAAAACGAACACUGCGCCAACGUCUCCCAGUACAAGGCGUCCCGCGACGUCCCCCUCCCGUAUCGCAUCGAACCGCUCAUGGACCGCGCCAGCGAGGAGAUGUCUCCUGUAUUGAUGAGUGACGAGCCCAGGCACGACUUGGCGCAGUCGGGCAGCUCUACGGCCGUGGCGUCGACUCUGAGCGCGUUGCGCCGGCGCGCGGAUACCGUUAGCGCGCGGUCGUUUUCCAAGAUCCUUGCCGAGGCGCAUAAGCAGGAUUUCGUCAAGAGACGCAAGCCAGGUGAAGUAGUGGAGGAUGAAGCCAUUGAGCAAAGCGACGAAGAGGAAGAUGAGGAUGACGAGGAUGACGAGGCAGAGGUAGCGAGCUUGCUGGAGGCAGGUGAGGCUCGAGGUUGA